AUGGCAAAGAGCAGACACCUCCGGAGGCGGCCAUCUACGCCGAAUCUAGGCCACCUCCACCGUCAAAGCUUCUUCACCGCCGAUCCGGCGUCACCACCCGAAACUCCCUCGGCGUCACCACCAUUCUCUCGCAAAUACAGUUUACGACCUAGACGUCAGCCCGCGCCGUCUUGGGACGACCUCUCCCCGCCAGUCGCCAAUGAUCCCAGCAUCAAGCCCGUCGGAAACGGCCAUCAGUUCAGCUACCAGCCCACCUUUGGACCCGAGCAGCUCAGUCCGCGGUCACAAUCUUCAUCAUCCGCCAUUGCCGCCGACCAGAACGACAACGUACCCGAUACCCAGCUGAAACGAGAGCAGCGAGAGCAUCGUGAGGAUGACGAAAGUGAUCAGACAGAUGAUCCAAUCCUAGAACCACAAGCGGCUUCGUCCGAGGCUGAUGAUGAAGAUGAAGGAGACGAAGAUGAAGACGACGGCCUCGACGUGAUAGGCGGCGACAAAGACACUGCCGCCGCUCCAGAUGCCCCCUUAGAUGCACAUGCCGCUGCCUGGUCGGAAUACCUGAUUGAGGAGAUUGAUUCGGCUGAGGGUAGCGUGAAUCUGUUGGAGGUUCUGUACCCUUAUGAGAUUGAAGUGGCACCGACCCGUCCCCACUCAUGGCACAAGGGCCUGGACAGAACCAUGAUGCGCGAUAUGAGGAAUCUCAACUGCAGCAACGAGGAAGCGUCUGAGGAUGAGGAGGAUGUCAACAGCGACGAAGACGACGAUAGCAGUAGCAGUAGCGACCCUGAAGAUGAGGACAAAGUCGACGAGGAGGAAGACGAGGACGAUGACGAAGUCGACGUCGACAUGGAACUCUUCUACCAGCGCCAACAGGAGCUUCGCCGCGUCCGCCGCGUGAGCAUGUCGAGCAGCGUAGGGAAGCGCACGCACAGCGAGCUCAGCGACGACGAGGACGACUUUGGACCGUUAGACGUCAACGAUUUCAAGAUACCUCGAUGA